UGCGCAGGAGGAUCUCUUCGAAGCAGAGCAAGGUGGUGGCAUGGUUCGCCUACCAUCAGGAGAAUUGGCAUGGAAGAGAGAAGGGGAGCAGAUACGGGAUCAGUUUGUGCAUAUUAGAUAUACAAGUAGACUCAUGGAAGCAGUCCCACAGAGAAGAUUAGUCCUUGAUGCGCUCAGGCAGGUGGUGGGGGAGAAGUCCGCGAGCUGGCUGGAUGUGGUGGUGAUCGGAUGGCGGUACGGAGAGUUGUUGGGUGCCAGAUUAUGCAAACCAGGGAAGGUGUUCAAGAAAUUUAGAUUGGAUGGCUGGGAAGCAGAUUAUCGACCAGAUCAUUGUGCAUGCGGGGAUGGCAGACAAGUGGACUUCCUUAGCACUGCAGCAAUCAGACUUCUACCGAGGGAGGGGUACCCACCUGUCAUCACCAAUGAUACCGGCAUCACGAACAACGGACAACUACGGCUGAUGAUGAACGCAAGACUGUACCACAUCCCCCUCAGGGCACUCGACGAAGGCUUCGCCAUCCGAGAAAUAGAAGAAGCUCUCGACGCGAUACUAACCACCCGAUGCUGUGAUGCCGAGCUUACCAUGGCAGAAGAGACGCAGGUCAAGAAGCUUGUCAUCAUGGAAGCGAAGAGCCGUAUGCGGGACUAUUAUGCCAAUCACAUGCACAUCGUGAAGGAACCAAUCAAUGGGCUGGCGGUUAGGCGGGAGAUCGAAUGGAUUACUGACAGAUUCCUUGUCUGCCCAACUGACAAGGCGCCACAUACGCCAACAUUCGUAUGCAUUAACUUCAUCAGUAGACUUGCACUGGAGCGUCUCCUAGGACCCGACCUCGUACCGGUGGAAGAAGCACCUGCGCUUGUUGGAACAAGGUUCCUGCAAGAAGCUGCUUCCUUCGUCCCUGUUGCGCAUCUGGAAGACAUAAUGCCUCUGCCAUACCUCAUGGCAGUUUACAAGGCGCAUAAGGAAGCAUUCAGAUGGAUUACCAACACCUAAGGCUCAAUACUAUCCCUGGUGGUGAAACUAUGUGAUUCCAUCCUCAAGCUCCUCACGAUUGACGUCCAGGCACUC